AUGAAAGAACAUUAUGGGAAGCUGGGUGCAUACUUAGCAGCAUUGAAAGAAGCCAAUCCAACAUCUACUUUUGAACUUGUGACUGUCCCAUCUGAAUAUUAUGGACAGGAACCUGGUACAGAGGUUUUCUUUAGACUGUUUAUUUGCUUUGAUCCAAUUAAGAAGGGGUUUCUAGCAGGUUGUAGAAGGCUUCUAUGUCUAGAUGGUUGUUUUAUAAAGACAUUUCUUGGUGGUAUGUUAUUGGUGGCAAUAGGUAGGGAUGGGAAUGAUCAGAUGUAUCCAGUUGCUUGGGCAGUUGUGGAAGGUGAAAACAAUGACAGUUGGUGGUGGUUCAUGAAUGAGCUGAAGAAGUGCUUAGAAGUUUCUGAUGAAGGGAAGGGUUGGACACUAGUAUCUGACCAGCAAAAGGGAUUAUUGAAUGCUGUUGCCUCUGUUUGGGGCAAUUCUGAGCAUAGGAAUUGUGCUAGGCAUAUAUAUGCUAAUUGGCACAAAAAAUACAAGGGUGAUGAACUUAAGGAGUUGUUUUGGAGGGCUGCUAAAGCUUAUAAUAUUGCUGACCACAAAAGAGCAAUUGAAGAAAUGAGGAUUGUGGAUGAAGAGGCAACUGAUGCAUUCACUAAGCAGAAUCCUAAGUGCUUCUGUAGGUGCUAUCUUAAUAUUGAGAACAAGACUGAUGUUAUUGUGAACAAUAUGGCAGAAACCUUCAAUGGUUUCAUCAUACAGUCCAGAUCAAAGCAUUUAAUUCAAAUGUUGGAAGACAUCAGGUUGGCUGUAAUGACCAGGUUAGUUACCAAGUUCAAUGACAUGUCAAGUAAAAAUGUGGUUGUUUGCCCUAGAGUCCAAAGGAAAAAGCUUGAUAAAGACAAGGAUAAAGCUUAUACUUGUACUGUGUAUCCUUCAAGCAGAACUUUGUUCCAAGUGAAAAGCUUUGAUGAUGUUUCUGUGGAUAUAAGCAACAAAACCUGCACAUGCAGGAAAUGGGACUUAACAGGCAUCCCAUGUCAUCAUAUGUGUGCAGUUGCAGCAUUUCUGCGUAGGGAAUCUGAAGAAUUUGUUAAUAGUUACUUGACCAAAGAGAUGUAUCUCAAGGCCUAUGAGUACACUAUCCCACCACUGCCUUCAGAAAAAUAUUGGCCAACAGUUGAAUUACCUUUGGACCCUCCUCCAGUUAAGAUUGGUCCAGGCAGACCAAAAAAGAACAGGAAGAAGGAUCCACAUGAAACCAAGAAAAAAUCUGGGAAAUUGAGUAGGCACGGUAUACUUAUGUCUUGCAAGAAUUGUCAUGGAAGAGGACAUAAAACAUCAAAGUGUGACAAACCUGCAGCUGAAGUUACUGGAGAGAAAAGAAAGAGGGGCAGGCCAAAAAAGUCAGCUGAUGGACAAGCUUCACAGUCAACAGCAGCACCAAAAGUAUCUCAGACCACUUCCACUCAACAAUCACAGUGUUCCACUCAACAAUCUCAGGGGCAGGCUAGGAGGGGAAGGCCAAAAAAGAUUGCCAAAACCACCAACUGA